GCUGUGUUGUGUAUCUCUGGAACGCCCACACACCUGUGUAACACAACACACCACUGGCUAUAAACUGUACUGCAAUGGCCGGUUACGAAGGGCGCUACAGAGAGACGGUCAAAGGGUUCGGCAGUGGAGAAGCUUCCAGUGGAGUGAGCGGAACCACCGUAGCUGAGACAAUCAAAUCCCUCGAUGGUGACUUGGUUACAUUCAGAGGCUGUGUGCAAAGCAUUGGCACUCAAUUUGAUGAUCCCCAGAAUAGAGCGGAGUUGAAACGUUUGAGAGGUGUCAUUAAGGAGAAGUUGUUGAGUGCAGACAGUGAGCUCAAGACUCUACGCAAGAGUGGGGAGCCUCAAAGCAAGAUAAUAGUGGACCGUCAAGCUCGUCAGUUAGAAGGUCACAUGAGCAGCUAUACGGAGCUACUAGAGAAGGAGCGAUCUGCAACUCAACAGAAUCCUCUGGGCUCUGGUGCCACCUCUCCCUUAACCAGCACUGCCACUACUGGGGGUGAUGGAAUGUUGAGUCCAGAAUCUCAGACGCAGGCUCAGAAAAUGAGAGGUAUGGAACUACGUGAGAGAGAGGCAGCAGAACUGCAGGACUUGGAGAGGGAUAUAGUGGACCUUCAUGCCAUCCAGACAGAUAUAGCUGAGCUGGUCAACGAUCAAGGGAAUGAGAUUGACAGAAUUGAGGUGAGAGCUGAGCAGGCUCAGGGAAGAGUGGAGCGUGGCAAGAACCAGACAGGCCAGGCGGUGGAGCUGCAUCGUAAGAACAUCAAACUCAAGCUCAUUAUUGGAGGAGUCGUGGCUGGAGUCAUUAUAACAUUGAUUGUCAUUAUCAUCAUUGUAGUGGCUGUCGUUGUACCUAUGCAGCAAUAACUAUUUUAGUCUUCUAUAUAAUAAGGUUCUAUAUAAUAAGGUAGUCUAUUUUUGUGUCUCCAACAAGGUAUUGUGAGAUUUUAAAAGUUGUGUAUAAUAAUUAAUAUAGACCACCUCUCAGUACAUGUACAUUGCUGGAUUAUCACCAACUAACCAACACACUACAAGACCUACCUACUACCAGCUAGGACAGCACACCACCCGGGACAGAUUCUACUAUACCAUGCAGUGUAUGUGAUUUUCUGACAGGAAAGGCUACUCUAAACAGAGGGAGUCGGCCACACAAGGUAUAGUCUAAUAAUUAUUGUGCAGUACUAGAUGAUCUUCUCUGUUUUGGGUCAGAUGCAAUUGCCUUGAAUCACUAGCCAGUUAAAACAUUUCUUCUACUCUUGGCUUAAGAAAUUGUAUUUUAUUAUUGUACCAGCAUUAGGUAGUUAACUCCACUUAUGCAUUGACCUCUACGUGUAGCGGUUAUUUGAGCCCUCGAGAAAUGUUGUAUAGUUGUUCACAUUUCAAUGCCAGGAAACCAUAGCUUUGCAUAGUGCGUGGGAGUGUCUUCCAUUUGUAUUACAUGAAGUGUGAAGUGUGUUUGUACAGAGAGGACUCCCACGGUGGCAAUGAAUGUGAGGCAAUGAUCUGAUGAUGGCUCCACUGCUCUGAUGGACCAAUGCAGGAGAAGUUAUUCUGUAUAAUUAUUACACUAAAUUAAUGUAUGCCACUGUUUGGAUCGGUUUCUGUUCUGCUCAGCUUCUUCCUCCAACUUGCUUACGCAGGCUAAGCUUAUUCUUAGUUCAUUCUUAGUUCAUUCUAUAGUCUAGUAUUAUUGUCGGUUUGGUUGUUUGAUGUUUUUCACCUGGUCAUACGGAAUCACUUCAUUAUUAUCAGUGCAGACCACACCUCUAUCCACACAUUGUAUCUGCACAUCCUGUAUAUAAUUAUGGGGCCACACCCCCACUCACUGUACUGAUAUGUGGUCACACCCACAUACAUGGUAACCCUCUUGACCACACCUCCACCCAUGCAUUGUAUCGUACAUGCUGUGUUUUUGUGUACAGUACACAUCAUCCGUGUCUUUAUCCCCACACCUAGUCGGAGGGACAGCAAGUUCUACUAAGAGCCAGCAUCACCAACUAACCAACACACUACAAGACCUACCUACUACCAGCUAGGACAGCACACCACCCGGGACAGACUCUACUAUACCAUGUAAUACGCCUUUGUAUUACGAUCAUGAUACAAUUUGCUGCCCUCCCUCGCCAAUGGAUUGAAUAAUUAUGGACACUCGCAGGACAACUAAGAGACUGACACACAAUAAUAGACACCAAAGGGCCAGUUACUGUAUCAUGUACGAAUAUUCUGUUGCUUGUACAUUUCGUAAUGUAAUUGACUGUAGAGUAGCAUUUUGAGCUCCCCUUUCUUCAUCACUCAAUCUGCAGGCAGUGUAUGUGAUUUUCUGACAGGAAAGGCUACUCUAAACAGAGGGAGUCGGCCACACAAGGUAUAGUCUAAUAAUUAUUGUACAGUACUAGAUGAUCUUCUCUGUUUUGGGUCAGAUGCAAUUGCCUUCAAUCACUAGCCAGUUUAAAACAUUUCUUCUACUCUUGGCUUAAGAAAUUGUAUUUUAUUAUUGUACCAGCAUUAGGUAGUUAACUCCACUUAUGCAUUGACCUCUGCGUGUAGCGGGAAAGUUCGUUAUUUGAGCCCUCGAGAAAUGUUGUAUAGUUGUUCACAUUUCAAUGCCAGGAAACCAUAGCUUUGCAUGGUGCGUGGGAGUCUCUUCCAUUUAUAUUACAUGAAGUGUGAAGUGUGUUGUAAGUUUAUACAGAGAGGACUCCCAUGGUGGGAAUGAUCUGAUGAUGGCCCCACUGCUCUGAUGGACCAAUGCAGGAGAAGUUAUUCUGUAUAAUUAUUACACUAAAUUAAUGUAUGCCACUGUUUGGAUCGGUUUCUGUUCUGCUCAGCUUCUUCCUCCAACUUGCUUACGCAGGCUAAGCUUAUUCUUAAUUAGUUCAUUCUUAGUUCAUUCUAUAGUCUAGUAUUAUUGUCGGUUUGGUUGUUUUAUGUUUUUCACCUGGUCAUACGGAAUCACUUCAUUAAUUUUUAUACAGUGCAGACCACACCUCUAUCCACACAUUGUACCUGCACAUCCUGUAUAUAUGGGGCCACACCCCCACUCACUGUACUGAUAUGUGGUCACACCCCCAUACAUGGUAACCCUCUUGACCACACCCCCACCCAUGCAUUGUGUCGUACAUGCUGUGUUUUUGUGUACAGUACACACAUCAUCCGUGUCUUUAUCCCCACACCUAGUCGGAGGGAGCAGCAAGUUCUACUAAGAGCCAGCAUCACCCACUAGCCAACACACUACAAGACCUACCUACUACCAGCUAGGACAGCACACCACCUGGGACAGACUCUACUAUACCAUGUGAUACAAUUUGCUGCCCUCCCUUGCCCAUGGAUUGAAUAAUUAUGGACACUCGCAGGACAACUAAGAGACUGACACACAAUAAUAGACACCAAAGGGCCAGUUACUGUAUCAUGUACGAAUAUUCUGUUGCUUGUACAUUUCGUAGCAUUAUCAGUAAUUGAUUCUAGAGUAGCAUCUUGAGCUCCCCUUUCUUCAUCACUCAAUCUGCAGGCAGUGUAUGUGAUUUUCUGACAGGAAAGGCUACUCUAAACAGAGGGAGUCGGCCACACAAGGUAUAGUCUAAUAAUUAUUGUACGGUACCUUCUCUGUUUUGGGUCAGAUGCAAUUGCCUUCAAUCACUAGCCAGUUUAAAACAUUUCUUCUACUCUUGGCUUAAGAAAUUGUAUUUUAUUAUUGUACCAGCAUUAGGUAGUUAACUCCACUUAUGCAUUGACCUCUACUACUGUGUAGCGGGAAAGUUUAUUAUUUGAGCCCUCUGUAGAGCGUCCCUCGUGAUGCAUGGUGGUCGGUCCUGCACACAAUCAUUAUCAUAAUUAAAUAUUCACAGUCCACAAUUUAUAAUUGUCCCCAAAAUGUCAUAAUUAUAGUCUUGUAGACCAUCAAUGUCAAUUUUUUGAGCCCUCGAGAAAUGUUGUAUAGUUGCUCACAUUUCAAUGCCAGGAAACCAUAGCUUUGCAUGGUGCGUGGGAGUGUCUUCCAUUUUUAUUACAUGAAGUGUGAAGUGUGUUGUAAGUUGUACAGAGAGGACUCAUUGUACAGAGAGGACUCCCAUGGUGGCAAUGAUCUGAUGAUGGCUCCACUGCUCUGAUGGACCAAUGCAGGAGAAGUUAUUCUGUAUAAUUAUUACACUAAAUUAAUGUAUGCCACUGUUUGGAUCGGUUUCUGUUCUGCUCAGCUUCUUCCUCCAACUUGCUUACGCAGGCUAAGCUUAUUCUUAGUUCAUUCUUAGUUCAUUCUAUAGUCUAGUAUAUUGUCGGUUUGGUUGUUUUAUGUUUUUCACCUGGUCAUACGGAAUCACUUCAUUAUUAUCAGUGCAGACCACACCUCUAUCCACACAUUGUACCUGCACAUCCUGUAUAUAUGGGGCCACACCCCCACUCACUGUACUGAUAUAUGGUCACACUCCCAUACAUGGUAACCCUCUUGACCACACCUCCACCCAUGCAUUGUGUCGUACAUGCUGUGUUUUUGUGUACAGUACACACAUCAUCCGUGUCUUUAUCCCCACACCUAGUCGGAGGGAGCAGCAAGUUCUACUAAGAGCCAGCAUCACCCACUAACCAACACUACAAGACCUACCUACUACCAGCUAGGACAGCACACCACCCGGGACAGACUCUACUAUACCAUGUAAUACGCCUUUUUAUUACGAUCAUGAUACAAUUUGCUGCCCUCCCUUGCCCAUGGAUUGAAUAAUUAUGGACACUCGCAGGACAACUAAGAGACUGACACACAAUAAUAGACACCUAACUGCAUUUUUGCCAUUAAUAUAAUAAAAAUAAUUUUGCCAUUAA